AGCUGCCUUGCCUUGCCCUGACUGGACUUGACUUGACUUGUCUUGUCUUGUCCUGUGCUGUGGGGAAAUGGACUCGGAUACGGAUUCGGAUAGGGAAAAGAGCAGCGAUCCCAAUGAGGAGCUGCUGAGCAGCGAUGAUAAGACAUUUCACGAUGAUGAUGUUGAUGAUGAUGAUGAGGAGGAGGACUCAUCCGAUCGGAUCGAUCCAAUUAGGCGAAUCGAUGCGGAACAAGUGCAAUCAACAGCAGAGCAACUGCUGGUGGUGCUCAUGCAAGCGGAAGCCAUAGAAAUGCAACAGCAGCACGAACAACAACAACAACAACAACAGCAACAACAACAGCAACAGCAGCAAAUCGAUGUCGAGGUGGAUGUGACUGACAUGUCAGUGGCAACAGCUUUGGAACCACCAACAGCCACUCCAGAGCCACCUGGCCAGCGUGUGCCCGCCGAGCCACUGAUUGCCAAGUAUAGCGAGAGUGUGCGUGAGUCUGUGGAAUGUUUCUACUCUGCCCAGGAUCUGCUGGAGUAUGGCCAUAUGCUGUCCACGGCGGAGCAGCGCACGCCGGAUGUUGAGUCUGGCUAUUUCGAUAAGUCCGAGAGUGACGAUGUCUCUCGCGAAGAUUUCGAAGCCCACACUGGCUGCUUGCGUCGUCCCAAAGGCGCCCAUGCGCUGCCAAUCCUCUCCAGCCAAGAGUUGGCAUCCACAACUAGCAGCUCGAAAAAAAAGCGCAUUGAGCUGAGCCGCUUCUGCAGCUCCAUGGAAGCAUUCGAGCUGCAAAAAAAAAAGCAACAGCAGCUGCAGGUGGAGGAGCGGCAGCAGCAGGAGGAGGAGGAGCAAAAAAAAUUGCUCUUAAAGGAAGCGACCGCUGCUGGAGGGGAUUUGGCUACGGACGAACGUUUCCUUGACACACAAAGUGAGCCAUAUGUUAUGCAGGUGUUUAGCCUAGAAGCUCAUCGAGCCCUUGAAUUGCUCGAGGAUUAUCAUGCGCGUCUCUCGGAGCCACAGGACCGUGCGCUGCGUAUUGCCAUCGAACGUGUGAUUCGCAUCUUUAAGUCUCGCCUAUUUCAAGCGCUACUAGAUAUACAAGAAUUCUAUGAAUUAACAUUAUUGGAUGACUCAAAGAGCAUACAACAAAAGACCGCCGAAACCUUGCAGAUUGCGACCAAAUGGGAGAAAGAUGGACAAGCGACAAAGAUAGCCGAUUUUAUAAAAACUACCAAAAAAAAAAGCAAUUGCGUCUAUGAACUUAACAACGAUGCCACAAAUCCCAAUCCAAGUUCAAAUCUUAAUCAAACGGUGAACGCGGCCGCGCAUGCCGAGGCCUUGAGCAGAACAUUUAAAAAUGAAUUGGAAGAGAUUUUGAACCAACGCAUGCGCAUUGAGUCCGAUUGCGAGACUGCCAAAGAUGCUGCAGCCGACGAUGCUGGCAUUCAACAAGUGCGCAACUCGCGCUCACCCCAGCAGCAGCAACAGCAACAGCAGCAGGUGGUACAACAGUUGCAGCAACACCUUAGUCAAUCACAGUCCACGGCAGCUAGAAGCGGUACUCAGAUACUACACAGGGCAUCAUCGACGAAGGUGAACGGCGAUGACAGCUGGUACUAUGAGGACAUACAGCUGGAGCGCGGCAACUCGGGGCUGGGCUUCUCGAUUGCCGGUGGCACGGACAAUCCGCAUAUUGGCACCGACACAUCGAUCUAUAUAACGAAACUGAUACCCGGCGGCGCAGCAGCCGCCGAUGGUCGUCUGAGCAUCAAUGACAUCAUUGUCUCGGUGAACGAUGUGUCCGUGGUGGAUGUGCCGCAUGCAUCCGCCGUGGAUGCCCUGAAGAAGGCCGGCAAUAUUGUGAAGCUGCAUGUGAAACGGAAACGUGCCACCAGCGCUACAGCAGCAGCAGCAGCCGCAGCACCCACAGCCGAUGCACUGGACAGUGUUAGUGCCACGGCCAUGUCGGCGGCGUCGGCGUCGGCAUCGGCAGCGGCAGCGGCCGGGCCAAAGGUGAUCGAAAUCGAUUUGGUCAAGGGCAACAAGGGACUGGGCUUCUCCAUUGCCGGCGGCAUUGGCAAUCAGCAUAUACCGGGCGACAAUGGCAUCUACGUGACCAAGCUGAUGGACGGCGGCGCCGCCCAAGUGGACGGACGUCUAUCGAUUGGCGACAAGCUGAUAGCAGUUCGCACCAAUGGCAGUGAAAAGAAUUUGGAGAAUGUCACGCACGAGCUGGCCGUGGGCACGCUCAAGUCAAUCACUGAUAAGGUGACGCUGAUUGUGGGCAAGACGCAGCAUUUAACCAGCAGUGUGUCACAGUCGGGCGGCAGUCUGGGCGGCCAGCUGGGCCAGCAGUCGCAGGCGCAGCACUCGCAGUCGCAGACCCAAUUGGCAGCCACACGCCAACAACAGCAGCAGCAGCAGCAAGUGAACUCGGAAUCUGCAGAGCCUGGCUCAAGAUACGCAUCGACAAAUGUCCUGGCGACCGUGCCACCGGGCACACCACGCGCUGUCAGCACAGAGGAUAUAACCAGAGAACCACGCACCAUUACCAUACAAAAGGGACCGCAAGGUCUGGGCUUCAAUAUAGUCGGCGGCGAGGAUGGACAGGGUAUCUAUGUAUCAUUCAUAUUGGCCGGCGGUCCGGCUGAUCUUGGCUCCGAGCUGAAGCGCGGCGAUCAGCUGCUCAGUGUGAACAACGUGAAUUUGACGCAUGCCACACACGAGGAGGCGGCACAGGCACUCAAAACAUCUGGCGGCGUGGUCACUCUAGUUGCACAGUAUCGUCCAGAGGACUACAAUCGCUUCGAGGCACGCAUUCAGGAGCUGAAACAACAGGCGGCGCUUAGCGCUGGCGGCUCGGGCACCCUGCUGCGCACCACACAGAAGCGAUCGCUAUAUGUGCGCGCUCUGUUCGACUAUGAUCCAAAUCGCGAUGACGGUUUGCCAUCGCGUGGCCUGCCCUUCAAGCACGGUGACAUCCUGCACGUGACCAAUGCCUCCGACGACGAAUGGUGGCAAGCACGCCGUGUGCUCGGCGACAAUGAGGACGAGCAAAUUGGUAUUGUGCCAUCGAAGCGGCGCUGGGAGCGUAAAAUGCGUGCACGUGAUCGCAGCGUCAAGUUCCAGGGUCAUGCGGCAGCUAACAAUAAUCUAGAUAAGCAAUCAACUUUAGAUCGCAAAAAGAAGAAUUUUACGUUCUCACGCAAGUUCCCCUUCAUGAAGAGUCGCGAUGAGAAGAACGAAGAUGGCAGCGAUCAAGAGCCGAACGGAUUUGUAAACAGCAACAGUGAAAUCGAUGUUAACAAUGUUAAUAAUAAUCAAGCGAAUGAGCCCCAGCCUUUUAUGCUUUGCUACACACAAGACGAUGCCAACGCUGAAGGAGCUUCCGAGGAGAACGUGCUGUCCUAUGAGGCCGUGCAGCGUUUGUCCAUUAACUAUACGCGUCCCGUUAUAAUACUGGGACCGCUUAAGGAUCGUAUCAACGACGAUUUGAUAUCCGAAUACCCGGACAAAUUCGGGUCAUGUGUGCCACAUACCACACGGCCAAAACGCGAAUAUGAGGUCGAUGGCCGGGACUAUCAUUUUGUGUCGUCGCGCGAGCAAAUGGAGCGCGAUAUACAGAACCAUCUGUUUAUCGAGGCUGGCCAAUACAAUGACAAUCUGUACGGCACUUCGGUGGCCAGCGUGCGCGAGGUGGCCGAGCGGGGCAAACAUUGCAUAUUGGAUGUGUCGGGCAAUGCAAUCAAGCGCCUGCAAGUGGCGCAACUCUAUCCGGUUGCUGUGUUCAUAAAGCCCAAGUCUGUCGACUCAGUGAUGGAAAUGAAUCGUCGCAUGACCGAGGAGCAGGCAAAGAAAACAUAUGAGCGCGCCAUCAAGAUGGAGCAAGAAUUCGGCGAAUACUUUACGGGCGUUGUACAAGGCGAUACGAUCGAGGAAAUCUAUAGCAAAGUGAAAUCAAUGAUUUGGUCGCAAUCGGGACCAACCAUUUGGGUACCAUCGAAGGAAUCUCUAUGACCAACAGCCACAACGACAUGGACACUGCCGCCUCGAGUACGUUGUCGACCUGUUUCGAGAACACCAACAACAACAACAACAUCAGCAGCAGCAGCAGCAACAAAUCAGCCGCAACAAAAAACGUCACAUUGAUGCACCAACGCAACGACUACGAUGACGAAGACGAAGAGGACGAUGACGAUGACGAUGACAACACCAACAGCAGCAACAACAGCAGCAGCAGCAGGAGCAGGAGGAGCAACAACAGCAAUACACAUCAGUCAGCCCGAUGUUGUUCAUGUUUAGAAUUGUUAUUGUUUCUAGAUAAACGAAUAACAAGAAAUCUGAUUUGCUGGCGCCAGUUAAAUGAGAGCCAAAACAAUACGAUAUCAGGCAACAAACAGGCAAUGUUUUAAGCCAAGUUGGUUUGUUCUUGAUUUCUGGCUCAAAGCUCUGAAAAUGAAAAGGAAAGCAAAAUGAUGAAGCGGCAACUGUUUAGUUUAAGUUAGAACAAAAUUGA